AUGGAUAGCUACUCUGCAAUUCUGUAUAAGCCUACCAGCUACCUCUUCCUCAUCCACUAUAUUGCUCACUACUUGCUCUUUCUUUUUCUGGCAUCUUCAUAUCUACAUACUACUCAAGUGUGUUUGGGAGAUGGACUUCCAAGUGGUGUGAGAUCAACAUCAUGCAUGGAGGAAGAGAGACGAGCUCUUCUCAGUUUCAAAGAAGAUGUUUCUGAUCGUUCCGGAAGACUUUCAUCUUGGGUGGGUCUGGAUUGCUGUCGAUGGAAAGGGAUUUCAUGCAACAACCAUACAGGUCACGUUGUAAAGAUGGACCUCCGAAACCCGAAGUAUGAUCCACUGAAUGGCUUCAACGGGAAGACUUCUUUGCGGGGUAAGAUUAAUCCUUCUUUCCUCAGCUUAAAGAGCUUAUAUUACCUUGAUCUAAGCGGAAAUGAUUUUGAAGGACGUCGAAUUCCUAAUUUCUUUGGGAAGCUUACAAGUUUGAGGUAUCUUAAUAUCUCCUAUGCUUCAUUUGAGGGAGAGAUUCCCCCAGCUCUUGGUAACCUCUCAAACUUGAACUAUCUUGACCUCAAAAAUUAUGUCAAUGGUGGUUAUUCCAAAAACUUGAAUUGGCUUUCUCAUCUUUCUUCUCUAAAGUACCUCAAUCUUGGAGGUGUAGACUUAAGCAAUACAGGGGUAAGUUGGCUACAUGAUGUCAACAUGCUUCCCUCACUCUUAGAGUUGCAUUUGUCUACUUGCCAAAUCAAUGAAAACCAGCUUCCGCUCUCCCUGCACGCCCUUAACUCUACAUCCCUACUGGUUCUUGACAUAUCAGGGAAUUUCAUUAAUGCUGCAUUUCCCAGCUGGUUUUGUAACCUUACCAACCUCAGAAAACUUGAUGCAUCUUUCAAUUAUUUUGGUGACUUCGGUCCCCUCCUUGUUGAAUUUGCAAACCUCAAGUAUUUGGAAGACCUUGGUUUUAGUAUGAAUUCUCUCCAAGGUCAAAUUCCCAAAGUCAUUGAUACUCUGUGCAGUCUAAGAAUGUUAGAUCUUUCAUCAAACUCGUUGGAUAGUGGUUUGGAAGAGGUUUUGAAAGGUGUCUCAAACUGUACAAAGUAUAGAUUAGAGUCACUUGAUUUGUCCAACAAUAUGGUGGAAGGUGAACUCCCCGCAGCCAUAGGAAUGCUAGAAAAUCUGAAGGAACUGGACCUCACUUCAAACCAAUUUUCCGGUCCCAUUCCACAAUCUAUUGCUAGUUUAUCAUCCUUGGAAACACUGGACAUCUCAAUCGGCACAAAGCUACCAGUCUUCACAGACCGACCUACGUCCCUCAGUUUUAACUUGGCUCAUGACUGGGUUCCUCCUUUCCAGCUUGAUUCAGUCGACGUUGUUGCCUGCAGGGUAGGUCCUGCCUUUGGGGUAUGGCUUCAAUCUCAAACUCAGUUAACUCAUCUCACUCUUAGUAAUACUGAAAUCUCAGAUUUCCAACCAGAAUGGUUGUUGAAGAUAUCUUCCCAACUUACAUGGUUGGAUUUAUCUUACAACCAAAUCCGUGGGAAGCUUCCACUUCAAAUGAACUUCCCAUCUUUGUUCGUAUUAGAUUUGAGUUAUAAUCAAUUUGAGGGCCUUCUACCACAUUGGUCUAGUGACGCUGCCGCAUGGGUCGAUCUUCGAAGCAAUUCAUUUUCCGGGCCAAUUCCCUCAAACUACGAUCAACUUUGGCCUAAAUUGGAACAGUUGUAUCUGUCUGACAAUCAUCUGCAUGGUAGUAUACCACCUUCUUUGUGUAACAUGUCACGUUUAGGAAUUCUCUUGUUAAGAAGCAAUCACUUGUCUGGAGAAUUCCCUCGAGAAUGGAGUAUGUGGCCGAGUAUAAAGAUUGUAGAUGUCUCAGACAACAAUUUGGCUGGCAAUAUCCCCAGUUCUAUGGGUGUUCCCAGCUCACUAUACAUAUUGAGUCUGAGUGAAAACAAUUUCGGAGGUCCAAUUCCUUCUUCUAUAUUCGAAAACUGCACCGAGUUGUUGAGUAUUGAUCUUGGAGGCAAUAGAUUGACUAGAAGCAUGCCUUUAUGGACAAGAUCAUUUGCAUCAUCUAAAUUAUAUAUGCUACGAUUGCGAUCCAACUCUUUGAGUGGACAAAUCCCCUGGCGACUGUGCUCUGUUCAAUUUCUUCAUAUCAUAGACCUUGGCCACAACAACUUUUCAGGGACUAUUCCCAAGUGUUUGUAUAAUUUGACUGGUUUGAUGGCCUAUGGUAAUGACACUGGUAUAGGUUCUUCUAGUUAUCUUCAGACGACCAGCUUGACAUUGAAGGGACAAGAACUGGUAUAUAACACGACUCUGGGUUUGGUGAAUAGCAUCGACUUCUCAUCAAAUAACUUAGAAGGUGUAAUCCCUGAAGGAAUAAGCAGCCUCAUUGCCUUGGGGACGUUGAACUUGUCCAGAAAUCAACUGACUGGAAACAUUCCCUCAAAGAUUGGAAGCUUGCGGUUGCUGGAAACUCUUGAUCUCUCACACAAUCGCCUCUCCGGACAGAUUCCUCAAAGUUUCUCUUCAUUAACCUCUUUGUCUCAUUUGAACUUGUCUGACAACAACUUGUCUGGAAGAAUUCCUUCAGGUAACCAACUUCAAACACUCGAUGAUUCAUCCAUUUAUGAUGGCAAUCCAUCCUUGUGCGGGGUGCCUCUUUCAACUCUCUGCCCGGGACACAGCGCACUUGCACCAGCUGAUCCUGAUGAUGAUGACGAUAAUGAUGACAAUGGGUGGUUUGGUAUCUCUGUUAGCACUGUACUCGGCUUCAUCAUAGGCUUUUGGAGUGUUUGUGGCAUAUUGGUUGUGAAGAAAUCAUGGAGAAAAGGGAAUUCAAGAGUGAAAUGUAGUGAAGGACUGAAGGUGCCUGGGGCAUUUGUUGCCUUCUGGUCGAGUUUGAGAUCAGCAUGCAGGGAGGACGAGAGACAAGUGCUUCUCCGCUUCAGACACGAUCUUGCAGAUCCUUCCGGUAGGCUUUCGUCUUGGAUUGGUUACGAUUGCUGUCAAUGGAGAGGGAUUUCAUGCAACAACCUCACUGGUCAUGUUGUGAAAAUGGACCUCAGUAACACAUAUUGUCAACAUGACUAUUUGGAGUGGGAUGAGGUGGCUUACAGAAGGUCUCUAUUGAAGGGUAAGCUAAAUCCUUCAUUUCUCACCUUGACACAUUUAGAUUACUUGGACCUAAGCUGCAAUGAUUUUGAACUUCCACUUUUCAUAGGCCAGCUUAAAAGUUUGAGGUAUCUCAAUCUCUCUUCCUUUUCGUCAUCUCAGGGAGUGAUUCCUGAGUCUAUUGGGAACUUGUCAUCUUUGAAAACACUUGACCUUUCUUCUAAUUACUUUGAUGGCAUUCCCAUUCCUCAGUUUUUUGGUCAGCUUAAAAGCUUGCAAUAUUUGGAUCUCUCUUACGCUCUGAGAGAAGAAAUCCCACCUCAUCUUGGUAACCUGUCAAACUUGAGCUACCUAGACCUCAGUGCAAAUUUCUGGUUGACUUUAACUUCCACAAACAUGAAUUGGCUUUCUCAACUCUCUUCCCUUAAAUACCUCAGUCUGCAAUAUGUGGAUCUUAGCAACACAGGAGUGAGUUGA